GGGGUAUAUAAAUGACCCUGUGGACUGCCCCAGGGUGAGGCCUAGUGCCGGCAGCGACUCCUUGGGCGGAAGUCCCCAAAAGCUCCCGCUAAUCUCAGCCCGGAGCCGGGCCUUCACCCUCCCCCCGGGCCCGAUGCUGCCUGCAGUCCUGAGGCCGCUCCGGCGGUGGCUCCCCCAGCUCCGGUACACAGGCUCCGAGCCCCGGGCAUGGCUGAAGACCGUGGACCUGAGGAGCGACACAGUGAGCCAGCCCGGGGCCGCGAUGAGAGCGGCCAUGGCCACCGCCAGAGUCGGGGACGAUGUUUACGGAGAGGACCCGACCGUCAACGAGCUUCAGAGGCAAGCUGCUGAGCUGUUUGGGAUGGAGGAUGCCUUGUUUGUACCCAGUGGAACAAUGGGAAAUCUCAUUUCAGUCAUGUGUCAUUGCCAGGAGAGGGGAGCUGAGCUGAUAGUUGGUGAUCAGGCGCAUAUCCAUCUCUAUGAACAGGGAGGUGUUGCUCAGAUUGCUGGAAUUCAUUCACGUGUUGUAAGGAAUCUUCCGGAUGGAACGUUUGAUUUGAAUGAGGUUGAAUCAAAAAUACAGCAGCAUUUCCCAGACUCUCACUACCCCAGGACUCGUGUCAUUUGCCUAGAGAACACUCAUAACGAGGCCGGAGGGCGGGUUUUACCACUCUCCUUUCUCCAGGAGGUGCGAACUCUUGCUGACCAGUACAAGCUGCCUGUCCAUGUGGACGGAGCUCGCCUGAUGAACGCGGCGGUAGCUUUGGGUGUGAAGGCCUCGGAGAUAUUGCGAUUCUGUGACUCCGUAUCCAUGUGUCUGAGCAAGGGUUUAGGAGCUCCAGUCGGGUCUCUCAUCGGAGGCCGAAGGGAAUUUAUUGAUCAGGCUGUCCGGGUGCGGAAGGUGCUUGGAGGGGGCAUGAGGCAAGCCGGGGUGUUAGCUGCAGCAGGACUCCUCUCCAUCUCCAAUAUGGUUGACAGGCUCCAGGAUGAUCACAGAAAUGCCAAGAAGUUUGCCCAAGGUGUUCAGACGUUUGCUUCCUCCAUAUGCAACGUCGGUAUCGAUGCAGUGGAAACAAAUAUUCUAAUGCUUGCAGUGAACGACCCAAGAAUCUCACCCGAAGAAUUCUGUGACAAGAUGGCAGAGGUGACAGAGGACGAAAUGACUGUGAUGGGACGUGGUGUUCGAGUGUUAAUGAACCCAGUGUUUGGACGCACGGUCCGAGCUGUUUGGCACGUAGACGUAUCAGAGGAGGACACUGACCUAGCAUUACAGAAAUUGCAGUAUGUGAUGCAGAAGGUCCAUCAGAAAUAGCAAUGGAUUAUCCAAAUCCCACAAACCUUGAAGUACAAUAAUUGUGGCUUGUAUAAGAACGGAAAAUUCUCAGGUCAGACUGUGUGUGUGAUGUUGUAAUCCAAAUGCCAGGUCUGAUGGCUCACAGCGUUUUGUGCUGUUUGAUUUUGGGAAUUAUGAAUGCUGAUUUUAAACACUCAUCUUUGUUUCCAGAUGCAUUGCCCCAUCAUCUCUAUCUACCCCAGCACCACAACCCUCUGAGAUGUUUAUACCUUUCUUCAGCAUCCCGGAUAUUAAUUGCUCAACCAUUGAUUGUUGUGCUUCGGUUGCCUGGGCUCCAAGUCCUGGGAUAUUUUGCCUGCAGCUUUCCGCUCAGCGGUUCCCUGCUAGUGCAUCACUACAUUGAAAGGUUCCUAGGACUACCUCAGAAUUAAUCGGAUAUCCCAAACUGUAUUUACAAGGUUGAGUAUUUUUGGUGGAUUUCCAGGGAACGUUUUAGUAUAUUCAGAGGGUUCUGGAAAAUUUAUUAUGUGCAGUUUCUAACAUGAAUACCACAGAAAAGUUCAAGGAAGCAAGGAGACAUGUCUGGAUCAAAAGGCAGACUUUACUUCUAGCUUCUAAACACUGUCAUGUUGAUGAAAUCCCAUAGAAAAGUAUUCUCAUUCUAACCACUACAUAAACAACACAGAAUAUUUCUGACCCUGAUAGUUGCAAUACUGUUUCAGAACAAGUGCUGCUUGUGUUAUCUGCUGGUAAUACACUCAAAAUUAUUCUGUGAUUCCAGUCAUUGUUUAAUUUCUUCUGAAUCCGUUAUUAGGAUUUGGCAGCUGCUGAUUUGGAGAUUAGGCAAUCAAAUAAAUUGAGCACCAUUGAUGUGGAGAGACUGGAUAUGAUGUCCAGAAUGACUUGUUUUGAUGGAUCAAAUCCCCUGCUCCGUUUGCCAGUACUUCUUUAGCCAAUGGAGAUUUGGCAUGCUCAGUUUGGUGUUCUGUUUGCUGCAUUGCCAUUGAUCAAAUGUAAAGUUCACAAAUAGGUAAUUAGCUGUUCAUAUCACAGUGCAGCAAAAUCAGGCCCAACAUUUUGCUUAUGACUGAUUCAGCAGUCAAUGACUGAAGACUUUUAUCCUCACUAGGAAUUGUGAAAUGAAGGACAUUUAUUACAAAUGCCAGAAGAAAACAAACCUAAAAAUUAAGAAUUGUUGAAUGUCUGUCUCAGGUAUUAGAGAAAUAGUUAAUUGUUGAAUGAUUGAAUAAAGGAUGAAAUCUAUGUGCUAAAUGUACGGUUUAAAACGUGGAAUGCAAUGAUAAUUGAGACAUGGUCAUGUACUUCAAUUACAGAACGUUCAUUAUGACUCAAAACAGUGAGAGACAGCUUCUAUUUCAAACUGUUGAUUGAAAUUCAACUAAACAAGCUACUUGUGUCAAAGCUUUUAGGUAAUUUGUACUGUGUUUUACAACUGAGGGGGUUGCUAUUAUACCUGUCAUUUUCAGAGCUUGACAAAGCUCUGGCAUUUCACUUUAUUUCUUUUGUUCUUACGUUGUGCAAAGUUUGGAAUUAAAACUGAAAGUUAGAGAAAAAA